AUGCUUGAUCUUAAUCUUUUUCAAGUCGAUAAGGGUGGGAAUCCUGAACUUAUACGAAAAUCCCAACGUAAAAGAGGCGCUUCUGUUGAAAUAGUCGACGAAGUUAUUGGUUUGUACGAUGAAUGGCGGAAAGUACGCUUUGAUUUGGACCAAGUGUUAAAGAAGCAGAAUGCCCUUCAAAAAGAAAUAGGGUUAAAAAUGAAGAAAAAGGAGGAUGCAUCUAGUUUGAUUGCUGUAAAAGAAUCUCUUAAUUCUGAUAAAGAACGUCUCGGUAUACUUGAAAAGGAGAAAGAAGAGACACUUAAAUCCUUAGCUUGUACUAUUGGAAAUAUUGUACAUGAUUCUGUAAUUGUUUCUUCUAAUGAGGAAGAUAAUGAUAUUAUUAAAAAAUGGGAACCAGAAAAUGAAAGAAAACCCAUAAAAAAAGAUGGAAUUUUAUCUCAUCAUGAAGUGUUAUUUAGAAUUGAUGGUUAUGACUCUGAGAGAGGAACAAAUAUUGCUGGACAUCGUGGUUAUUUUUUGACAAACGAUGGUGUAGAUUUUAAUAUGGCACUUAUACAGUAUGGACUUUCAUUUCUAAGAAAACGAGAAUACAAAAAAUUACAAACACCUUUUUUUAUGAGAAAGGAAUAUAUGGCUAAGACAGCUCAAUUGGAACAAUUUGAUGAAGAACUAUAUAAGGUUGGUGGAGAUGGUGAUGAUAAAUAUUUAAUUGCCACCUCUGAACAACCUAUUUCGGCUUUUCAUGCUAAUGAAUGGUUUGAAAGACCUGCAGAACAAUUGCCUUUAAAAUAUGCGGGAUAUUCAACAUGUUUUCGAAAGGAAGCUGGAGCACAUGGAAAAGAUACAUGGGGAAUCUUUCGUGUUCAUCAAUUUGAAAAGGUUGAACAAUUCGUCAUUACUGAACCAGGAAAAUCUUGGGAACAAUUUGAUGAAAUGGUCAAUAUUUCUGAACAAUUUUACCAGUCUUUGGGUUUACCUUAUCGAAUAGUUUCUAUUGUGUCAGGAGCUCUUAAUAACGCAGCAGCAAAGAAGUAUGAUAUUGAAGCAUGGUUUCCUUAUCAGGGAGAAUACAAAGAAUUGGUUAGUUGUUCUAAUUGUACAGAUUAUCAAUCAAGGAGAUUAGAAAUUAGAUGUGGUGUAAAGAAAAUGGGAGAUCGAGAAAAGAAAUAUGUACAUUGUUUGAAUUCUACAUUAUGUGCUACUGAAAGAGCUCUAUGUUGUAUUUUGGAAAAUUACCAGACUACUGAGGGUGUCAUUAUACCAGAACCACUUCGGCCCUAUAUGGAUGGCAGAGAUUUCUUGCCAUUUGUCAAAUCCUUACCAAAGAAAAAGUAA